GCCUCCCUUGUACGAACGCAACAAAGACGAGAUAAUCUCGGUCCUGAUCUUAUGGAGGGAUCUACACUCAAACGACGCUGGAGUUGUCCGGAUACGAAUUUGAUUCUGCGACCAAAAAGAGGAUCUCCAUUGCUGUUACUGUCCCCAGAAGAGGAGGAUGGUUGUCGUCUCUACAGCCCAGACGAAGAUAGGGUUUACGAGACUACUACAAGGAGUGAUUUUUCAGGGUAUCGAAUCCUGGGAAACUCGGAUAAUUGGUUCCUGGUGGUAGAUUCUCGAUCGGAUCUCUAUAUUGUAGAUGUGUUUAGUGAGGAGAGGAUCCAUCUCCCACCUCUAGAGUCAAUCAAGGGUAAUUUCUUUAAGCUUGAGCGAGCAGGAGAUAAAGAAUUCAGUAGUAUAUUCAUUUGUAAAGAUGGUAAGUCUUCUUCUGGUGGGUUUCUUCGAACUGCCGAUGAUCUUAGAGGUCUUUUGUGGGUAGACGACAAGAACGGAGACUACGUUGUUGUGUGGCGUUUUUUUGGGGAUGAACAAUAUUUAGGGUUUUGCAAGAAAGGGGAUGAUCAUUACCGCGAGAUUUCAAUGAAGAUGGGUGUUCGCUGGGAGUUACGUGGCCGAAAAGAUAUGGUACUCAAAGGUUACAGUCUUUACAUCCUCGCCACUCGUGACUUCAUUCGACACCUUGAUUUGUCUAGACAGGAUGGUUUCGAGGAUGUGUCCAUGAGCCCUACGUUUCCAAUGUGGAGUCGAGAUAUUCUGGAUUUGUAUGACAUAGAAACACUCGAAGGAAAGACCAACAUCGAAGGUAACAGUUACGUUGCUGUUACAACAUCAGGAGAGGUUUUCAUUGUCAAAACCAAAGCUUGCGAGUCAAACUUUGAGAAACAUAGGAUGUUUCGCCUCUUCAAGAGGGAUCCUAAAGAUGUAGACACCGAAACCAACAACAACAUAUGGCUUGUUGAGGUGGAUUCUGUAGGUGGUGGUGAUGAGGCCCUGUUUCUUGAUUUGGGCACCACUGUGCCUGCUGACCAUACCCUUGGUAUUGAGCCGAACUGCAUCUAUUUCUCCCGCGAUCGCAAUGAACCAUCGCCGCUCGACAUCUGUGUGUACAAUCUUGCAACAAAGACCAUCAAACGCUUCCCUAGUCUCUCCAGCUUUAAACUCAAGGAUGCUUGGUGGUUUCUCCCCUCUUGAUAAGUUUCCUUCUUUGUUUUCUACAUCCUGGUGUUGUUGAGGUCUUUUUCGGGAUACUUUCUCUGCUAGCAAGCUUAUUGCCUUCGCCGUCGUAAACCCAGAACCCAAAACCGUCUCUUACGCUCACUCCAUUCUCAAUCGCAUCGAGAGCCCUAACGCCUUCACACACAAUUCCGUCAUCAGAGCUUAUGCUAACAGCUCUGCUCCCGAGAGUGCUUUGACCGCGUUUCGUGAAAUGCUUCUUGGCCCGGUGUUUC